CUGGUUCGUUAGACUCAUUAAACGGGUUUCAAAUUUCUGACUGUAAAAUGAGCGACAACGAGAAGGAUUUUAGGGAGCAGGACUCUCGGGGAGGCUCAAGGAGUGCAUCCCCAAGAGGCUCCGCAAAAUCCGCCAGCCACUCUCCUGCACGGUCUAAAGAUGGCUCUCGGCGCUCCCGGUCCAGAUCUCGCUCUCAGUCCAGAUCAAAAUCCAGGUCAAGGUCCCACCGAAGCUCGCACAGGCGCUACUCCCGCUCUCGUUCCCACUCUCGACGCAGACGUUCAAGGAGCCGAUCUCGAAGCUCAGAUUACCGUCGACGUAGGAGCCACAGCCGUUCCCCGAUGUCGAAUCGGCGCAGACACAUUGGCAACAGGGCCAACCCAGACCCCAGCGCUUGCCUGGGUGUGUUUGGUCUGAGCCUUUACACCACUGAGAGGGACCUGAGAGAGGUUUUUUCUAAAUAUGGCCCUUUGGCCGAUGUUAACAUAGUGUAUGAUCAGCAGUCGCGUCGUUCAAGAGGUUUUGCCUUUGUUUAUUUCGAAAACAGUGCGGACUCCAAGGAGGCCAAGGAGCGGGCUAAUGGUAUGGAGCUUGAUGGACGCAGAAUCAGAGUGGAUUUCUCUAUCACCAAAAGAGCUCACACUCCAACUCCUGGAAUCUACAUGGGACGCCCCACAUAUGGUGGUGGUGGAGGAGGAGGCGGUGGCGGCGGCGGCGGUGGUGGUGGAGGCGGCAGUGGUUCAUCACGCCGUUUCUCUAGGGACUAUGACAGGGGCUAUGACAGAGGAUAUGAUAGAGGUUAUGAUCGCGACUAUGAUCGCUACGAAGAGCGAGAGUACCGAUCAUACAGACGCAGAUCUCCGUCUCCAUACUACAGCAGAGGUUACCGCUCACGAUCUCGAUCCUACUCGCCACGUCACUACUAGGCAGCGAAGUCAGUGUUAUGUUUUGGUGUUUUUGGGUUGUUUUUUUAAAUUUGCAUUAUUAUUUUUGUUGUUUUUUUUUUUUCCAUUUUGACCAGACCAUAUGUUUGUGUGUGUGUGGGCGUGCGCAUGUGUGUGUGUGUGUGUGAGAAACGGACUUUUGCACGUAUUCAUGUAUCAGAAAGUUGAAAGCUUGAUUUUUAUCACUAAACAUGUGUAGGCAGUGCUGAAUUUACAUGUCACUGAGUUUAGCACAGAUUAUGAAGGUUCAAAAUGUCGGGAAUUAAAUCUUUUUCAUCUUUGCGUUUCAUCUAAAUAAAAUUGUGUAUGUUAAAUAAAAAUGCUGAAUGCUUUUUAAACUUGGAAUUUGGAAAAACAGUUUGCUUCAACUGACAUGUUUUUAUCAUUGUAGGAUUUUGUUCUUUUUUUUUAAAUAUUUUUUUAGUGUUCUUCAGUAGAUAGCUGCUUUAAUCUGUGUCUAUUCCAGAAAAAAUAAAUGACAUUUUUGUCUAUGUCUGGUGA